UGUAGUGCAUACAAAUGCAGCUCCUUUAAGAUGAGUGGAAAGGAUCUGCAUGCAUUCGUUAUAAACUACAGAGCAGAAGAUGUGGAGAAACUGACAGUGCGGAUGAAAAAUGGUCUCGGCAGCUCAAAGUACAAACCUGCGGAAUAUGAAAGACUACAAGCCAUCGUUGAUGCCAAGCGCCUGGAGUCUGAUCUAAUUGGACAAAAGGUUCAGAAAACUCGCUGUACAGCCAAGGCGACUAAGGAGAGCUCCAUAUUACGGCAGCACAGACAGGUGUGGAGCAGAGAGUGCCCCAGGCUGCAAAAAGCUGAGGAGAAGGCUGAGGAUGACAUCCAUGAUUUUCUGGAGAUGAUCAGGCCGAAUGAUAGAACAGACACUGCAACCUUCUCACUCCAAGAAUCUGCACUUCUUCUAGAGAGAGAACGAGAAGCAUUCAGGAUAGCCACUGUGGAGCCUGUUCAUCAUCUCAAGGACGACCUGCGCUUCAGACUGGGUGAAAUACAACAUAAGUCCAAUGUGUCUGGAUCAAACUGGGAGCAAGUUAUACAACAGAUACACUUUGUGAAAAACCAGCAAGAUGACAUCACUGCUAAGCUUCAUGCAGAGUACCUGGGCUUGGAGGAGGAGAUCACUGGCCUUGAAUUGGAGAAAUAUUUAACUGGUACUUCGGAUAGUCUGGUGAACAUAGAAGAGGUUCCAGAGGAGGUUUUGGAUUCAGACUGCCCCUAUCCAGAACUACAAGACUCACUGAUCCAAACCUUCCAGUCUCUGACAGAAAGGUACCAGAGCAGGCUCCAGAACCUCCGAGAGCAACUGCAAACAACUCAUAGGUUCUUUGGCUGGUGUGCAGAUGAACACCAACGCUUCCAGUUCACUUUGUCUCUAUACACUCCUCCUGACGUACCAAACCACAGAACACUCUGCAUGGAUAUGCUCCAAAGAUUAUUCCCUCAGAAGACUAAACAGGAGCUGAUGGAGCAUGAACGUGUGUUGGACUGGCAGCGCUUCACCCAGGCACAGCUGAAGGUAGUGACCCAGCAAUGGCGGCGGGACCAUGAAGAGCUGCUGGCCAGAGCCCUGGUCACCCUGCAGGAGGCGAGACAUGCCCACCAGGAGGAGCUGGAGCUCCACAGAGACCGGCAGAGCCAGCAGGACAUCUGCUUGCAUCUUAGAAAGAAGCUGCAGCAGUGGCGGGCCCAGCAGGAGGAGGUGUCGAAGCUGGAGGCGGCCAUAGCUGCUAGACAAAAAGAGGAGGAAGAGGCGAGGUUAAAGAGAGAGCAGGAGAGGGAGACCGCCAUCAGAUCACAGCAGAAAGAAAAAGUCAGACAGUUUUAUUUAAAGCAGCAAAGGAGGCGGGAGCUGCUGGAGCAGAGGGACCAGGAGAGACUCGCUAAUCUGAGGAGAAUCAUGGUAGAACAGGCACGGCGCGAUAGAGAGAGGGUGCAGUUUCGGGCAGACAUGUUGCAGAGGCAAAAGGAGGAGAGAGAGGAGCGGGAGAUGGAGCGACAGAGAGAAGAAGAAGAAAGACAGCACCGUCUUGAAGUUCUCAGAAACCAGGUUGGGGUGGUGGCAGAGGCAGACCCAGAGAGGAUGAUGGCGGAUACUGAGGCUUGGAGGAGUCACCACUUGAAUAUAAAGGAGUUUGAGCUCCAAAGACCUCUCUACAGUAUCAACACGUACACAGACACACAGAUUGUGUCUGAUCCACGAGUACGAGUUGAGCAGGCUCUGCGGGAGGCCGGUCUGCACCACAGCCAGUAUGCCAAAGAGCUUCUGUCUGUUAUCAAGCCCCCUAAACCGCCUAGACCAGAUACAAAAUCCAUAAUUAAAUUCUGAUUGGGG